AGCGUGCGGUGUUGUUGUUUUGGUUCUACCGUGUGUCGUAUCGGGCCGGCAGUGAGCUUCUGGAUGAGAAAGUUACUCAUUUUCGGUACGAUUUCCAACCCGUUCAGUGUUAUUACGCGCUUUUUCAACCGCUCCGUUGAAGUUAAAACCAUGAACAAAACGUUCAAGCUAAAUACGGGCUUCGACAUUCCACUGGCCGGCUUUGGCACCUACCAAAUCCAUGGCCAGGAGCUAAUUUACCAGGUGCUGGAUUAUGCUCUAGAAGCCGGCUAUCGACACAUCGAUACGGCGGUCGUGUAUCGCAAUGAGGAGUACAUUGGCACGGCGCUGAAAACGCUGCUACCGAAGUACAAUCUGAAGCGUGAAGACAUAUUCAUUACCUCCAAGUUGAUAUCUCAGUCGGGAAAGGAUGAAGCAUUUGUUGAGCAAAUGGUGCGCAAGUCGCUCGCCAACCUGCAGACCGACUAUCUCGACCUGUACCUCAUCCACUGGCCCGGUGUGAGUGGUAUGCAAGUCACCCAUCCGGACAAUGUAAAGUACCGGGCGGCUAGCUGGAAUGCGCUGAGCAAGCUGGAGCGCGAAGGUUGCCUCCGUUCAAUCGGCGUUUCGAACUACACGGUGAAACACUUGAAAGAGAUGCUGGCGGAUUGUAAAGGGAUCGUACCGGCAGUGAAUCAGGUUGAGUGGCAUCCGUACUACUACCAACCGGAGCUGCUCGAGUACUGCCGCCAGCACGGGAUCUUUCUGCAGGCCUACUCGUCCCUCGGCUCAUCCAACACGGCCGAGCUGCGCGAGGACGAAACGGUCCAAUCGGUGGCGAAAAGCUUGCAGAAAACGCCCGUCCAGGUGCUGCUUCGCUGGGCGAUCGAGCAGGAGGUUGGCAUACUGCCGAAGGCACGAUCGCGCGACCACAUCCAGGAGAACGUUGGGCUGGAGUUUGAAAUUCCGGCCGAGCAGAUGAAGCAGCUGAACGGGCUGAGGGAUAGCGUUGGGCACAAGUUUGCCUGGAAUCCGGAAACGGUUGUAUAGGGGAAAAAACGGGUUGGUUGUUAUUCUGUGCCUUUUUUGUGUGUUGAGUAGAAGGUGGAAAGGAAGCAGCGUUUGAUUUUAAUUUACCGAUAAGCUUUGAAAAUACUGAUUCACACACUCACUCUCUGUAAGAGGUUAAAACAGUUGGAGUAAUUGUGCACUAACAGUGGUGGUUGUUUUUUCUAUAAAAUAUUCCGUUGGUUAGGAGAUAGGAUACGACAAAACAAGUCACAUUUAAGGUGUUUAUUAAAAGCACGUUAAAAAACGAAACGAAACAAAAAUGGACAUCAACUUAGCGAAUCGUA